UUUUUUUAUUGGCUAAAAUAUUAUUAGCAAGUCUUCUCUGCUAAAAAUUAUGUCCAUAACGCUAAAAUGAGCACCACAGUCACCGACCAUGGCUGCCUCCCCCUCUCCUCUCUCCGGCUUGUCGUCCCUCCUGUGCAGCUUGUGUCUGCAGCUCUGUGGCAGAUAGUGAAGCAGGGAGCUGUGAUGUACUACGGGCUGCUGGAGGAAUUCAUCAGCACAGUGCUGGACACUGUCCCUGAGCUGCUCACUGACACAGAGAGAGUCCAGCUAGUUAUGGGCCUAAGUGCAAGGGUGGUGCUAGAGUUGUGCCGCAGUGAUGAUUUUGCCAGACCAGAGACCAUCCGGCAUCAUCUGAGCAGAAUGAACACCUACAUUUCCAAGCAGGAUGAGGAGAUGUCCAGAUUCGAGGUAAAGGCGACAGUUACAAACUUCCUGAAGCUUGUUCACACUCUUGUGGAGGAUCAACACCAGAGGGAGAUUUUUUAUCAGAAAAUCUUCCCCACACUGUUUGGCAAUAAAUAUGACUCAGCCCUACAGGCUCUAAUGAGAAAAUUCCUCUUUAAUCUUCAGAAGCUGCUGCCUGUUCCCUCCCUUGAACAAACUUCCCUCUGGCUCAGUCUGUCCCCUCCGAUCUUAAAAGAGUGUGUAGACUUUGUGAGUCAACCUGAGCAUCUGACGACACUCAUUCAGCAUCACAAAAAUCACGGACACCAAGUUCCACAAGCUCCGUCUUCCGCUGGCGAUGACUGCAUCCUUUCCAGCCUGUCUUAUCACCUCGCAAAGGUGGACAAUGAUGAAGGAAACACAGCUGUCAAGUCUGGAUCCGACUGGCGCAGAGAGAACUCGCUUGGAAGCGAGUCUGAAGAGGAGUCGGAGGAGAGAAAUUCAGAAGUGGCGAUGAGUGUGGAGAGAAAUGGGCAGACUGAUGAUCUGACUGAACACCAAGGAGCCUCCGUGGAAGUAAUACUUCAACCUUUUGAUGAAAGCGAGUCUAAUGAUGAUGAAGACGUGGACAAGAAAUGGUUUCGCCAUUCGAAAACUCACAACAGGACAUCCGCAAAAACCUUCAAGUGUCUCGCUUGUGGCCAGAAUUUUGGUUCUCUUGGCAAACUAAAAAGGCACAAGAUGACUCAAAGUGGUUGCCGGAUGAACAAACUGGGUCAGUCCGAUUCUGCUCGCCAAAGUAGCUUCCUCAAGAAGAUUAAUUUACAUCCUAAACCUAAGAUUUGUAUCAGGAAUGCUGCUUCUAAAGACGAGCUUUCGUCAUUGGCGGGAGCAUCACCACACGACCCGUCACAUCCAAACUCUGAGCAGUCUAAUGAUCGCUACGGUCUCGUUUGUCGUGGUUGUGGCAAGGUUUUUACGUACCCGAAGAAUUUUGACAAACACCAGAAGCUUUGUGUGGUCAGUAAUAAGCAACAGACAGACCCAGUGUUCCCCAGUGACCCUGUUCCUUCAACCAAAGAGCCUUUCCUCAGCGAAACGGCAGCUUUAAAUGUUGCCCCUGUGGGAUUGAUAUCUUCCGACUCGUGCAAAAGAAGCAGCCGCGUCAAAACAUGCUCGGUUUGUGGGGAAAUAUUCACUCGUUCUGCUGACUUGACGAGUCACAUGAGAUGCCAUGCUGACCAGAGCCCUUACCGCUGUUUGCAUUGCGGGAAAGACUUUGACAACUGUGAAGACCGGGAGACACACCAAGAGGGUGAAUGCAGGAACCAACGUCCACAUGCAGAACACGCACAGGAGAGCUCUUUGAGCAGCACGAACAGAAGGAAUCUCGAGAAUUCUGCCGUUUCAAGGGCUGCCGCUCACAUCCAAACAGUCAAAGAUGUAACUGCAGACUCUCCUUUGACGUGUCAGGAAUGCGGCCAAGGCUUUACUUACUACAAGAGUUUUACGAAGCACCAAAGCAAAUGUUGCAGGAGAGCUCCUCGACUAAAAAAGUGAGCGAACCAUUUCAUUAUCAACGCUUGUGAUUUCCAAUCGGCGCCUCAGAACUCCUCAAACAGUGCAGAUGACUCCCCGAAUGAAUCUCACAUCAUCAAGUGCACCAUGUGCGAGAAGAACUUUUCAGAUAUCGCCCUCAUAAAAAGACACUACUCCAAGUCCCACAAAGUCCGAGGCUCAUACCCCUGUCCCGUGUGCAAGAGAACUUUCGUGAGGUUGUGCGAAUUGGUUCGACACCAGCAGAACAAAAAACUGUACCAGUGUGCCGCCUGUAAGAAAUGUUACGCAAAGCCCGGACUGCUGAAUGAUCAUGAGAAGGUUCACAGUGCCAGCGUAACACCACGCGUUUGUGAAACAUGUGGGAAGAGCUUCAAAUCACUGGCUUAUCUGAUUCUGCACCAGAGCAAACACCGAGAGCGGCAGCCCAGCGUUUGUUCCUGCUGCGGGAAGCAGUUCAGCACAAAAGACUGCCUGAGAGCGCACAUGGUGAGGCACACGGGCGGGUACCCGUGUCCGGUGUGCGGGAAGAAGUUCUACCAAAAAACAUACCUCAAGUGGCACCUGUACAAACACACGGGCCAGGAGCCGUACCUGUGCGACACCUGUGGGAAGGGCUGGCCGAGUGCAGCUCAGCUCAAGCUCCACAUGGUCCAGCACACGGAGGAAAGGCCGUUCAAGUGCGAGGACUGCGGCGCCUGUUACAAGAGAGGAUCCCACUUGACGGCUCACCGGAGAGCCAAGCACAUCAGGCUGAGGCCGUUUGCGUGCGACGUUUGCGGCAAAGCCUUCAGGUUGAACAACGAGCUGAAGAAGCACAUGAUGGUCCACACGGGGGAGCGGCCGUUCACGUGUCCCAGAUGCGGAAAAACCUUCACACGAAAAUCCCGCCUUAGGGAGCACAGAGAAAAGGCUUGUUUGUAAAUUCAGAUGUUAAAGCCGGCCGUGAGUCAUGUACAGCAGCGCAUAAAUGCCCCGCAAGCCUUUUUUUUUUUUUUUUUUGCAACGUACUCCGUUCUGUAUGUGUACGACAACUUUUAUAACGAAGCGACAGAUUGGUAAAUAAACUACAACACUUUGUCUGACACGGUGGCUGAUUUCGUUCGCUGAGAAUACAAAUUGCUGUGCAACACAGCAUGCCACUUUUCUGAUGUAUUCAGAUGUUUACAAGCUUACUCCAAAGCCUUCCAGAAACUCACAGUUGUACACAGCGUUAUAGAACGUAGAGACACGUGUAGUGACUGUGCUUAGGGGAGGUAGUUUUUACAGACAGAUUGGUAGAUGUGAGUUUUAUGUGAUGAUGUGCUGCUCUUCAAACUUUUAUGUAAUGAAUUUCUUCUUACUGUUACAAAACAAGCACUCUGAAGACGUCAAUCUGAGCUUGUUUCAUUACUUUGUGAAUGUAUUAUUGACCAAAUGCUGAUUUAUCAAGAACAUGAUCAGAUUAAGUGAGAGCAUAUGAUUGGGAAAUCAUUUGACUGAAGAGAAGUUUUUGAAAUAGGCUCUGUAAAUGUGGCAGGAAUAGCAUUGACACUAAUUUUGGAUUGACAGCUGAUUAUUUUGUCUGACAUUAAAACCUUUCACACAUCCUCAUAUGAGUUGUUGAUGCUGCUCGUGUCAGUUUACGUCGGCACGACUGUCAUUUAUGCACGGCAAAUAACUGAAAUGAUUCUUUUUAAAUCGAUAAUCAACUGAUUUUCCACACGUCAUCGUGUGCGAUAGCUCCACCAGAGAGCAGUGGUGCUCCAGGGACCGUGUUCUUUACACAGCGUCUGCCAUGUGGUUCAUUUUCAGUUUCACAGCAACACCUCCCAUGAGAUUAUGUGAGAGCCUGUACAGCUGUCAAACUCCAGAUGACUCUUUGACUAUAGACAGUUUUUUUUCGGUAACACAAAAUUGCUCUGUUUGACUGUAAUCUCCUUUAAGUUGAAGAGGAUAAAGAUGCGACUGUGCGGCCUGAAUGUUAAACCUUUAAACACAACUGUUGUCUGUUAAUAUCAGACCUAUUUUGUCUGUGUGCCUUUUGUUAUUUUCUGCACAAAAGAACCCACAGUUUGAGGUUUUCAGCUGUAUUUCUUUUUCAACUUUGACGUAAUUAAGGAACAGUGUUGCGGCUGAGGUGGUAGAGGGUGACUGAUUGCAGCUUUUUUUGGAGGCGAAGCGAACAUCUCUGCAUUAACCGCGCAGUAGGUGUUCGUUCUGUUUAAUGAACGGCGCCGAGAGGGAAUACAGAACACUAUACGAGCUCCUCUGAAAAUCUUCUGACGGGACUACGAGCAGCGCGAGCGAUACAAAGAAAGCAAAUCUCGGGUAAUAAGGUCUGGUUGUGUUUUUUUUCCUCCCACAAAAUCAAACUCCUUGACAGCAGGCGAGUGAAAAUCGAAAAGAGAGGAAAUUCCAGAAAAUGAAAGCAAUCUGCAGUGAGCUCUGCGACACUGGCUGGCCGGCAGACUGCCACUCCUCUGGGAUGUUCUCGCUGUAUGUGUCUGCAGAGACUAUUUCUCGUCUCAGACUGAAACUUCCAUCUGUCCUGCUCUCUCGAUGAACACCACACUGAGGGACUCUCAACUGAAGAGCUUAGGACCCUUCUGGCCUUCUCUGGUUCUGCUGAAGUUAAGACUAUUAUCUCUUGGUUUCAGGCACAAGGAGUUUAGCGUUAUAUAACACAUCAGGAGUCACCGACGACCUGCCACUGAUGUAUUUUCAUAACUUCAGGUGUUGCUGGUUCCUCGUAGUUUCAGUGUCACACUGGUCCAUGCAGAAUAACUUUAAAACACCCUCUGCGGUGGUUGUUCAUGUGAUCCCAGUGGGUCCCCCCAACUCCUGACACUGCAUUUUAGCAUUUAUUGAUAAUUAACUUUCGUUAAAAUAAAUCUAGCGGUCAAA